AUGUUCCAGUUUGGGCAACAGACUACUACAGCUGGUACUGCAGGCACCAGUUUAUUUUCCAGUACUGCACCUUCUCUAACAGGAGGUGCAAUUGCAUUCGGUGCAACAACCACAUCAACGGCUGCAGCUCCUGGUACUACAUCAGGCUUUCAGUUUUCUGGUUUGUCUAAUCCGACAACUCAGGCUACAGCGACUGCUCCUGCUUCUGCUUCUGGUUUCACAUUGGGUACAGCCCCACAAACAUCCACAGCUACUGCAGCACCUUCUGCGGGUGCUGGUUUGUCAUUCACUGGCACACCUUUGAGUAGUACAACUGCUGCAACAGCUGGAUUUGCUACACCGUGUACUACAGCGACAGGUUUAGGGAUAAGCUCUACAGUUAAACAAGAAUAUUGUGCCGGUAUCACGGUGCUUUAUGAAGACAGGAAGCAUUUGAAAAUGAAGGGAGGUGAAACUACGCAGACAACCGAAGCGAAUUCGAUGCUGGGCAACAACCCGCAUCAGGAUCGUGAAGACACCGACCCCGAUGAAGACAUGACAUGUGGAAUAGGAUGCUUUAAACCCAAAUGUCUCCAAGUAUUUGCAAAUAUCAACGUUGCUUUGUUGACAAUGUGCGUCACCCUCUUUAUGUACUCCUUCGGGUGGGGGAUCUCCGCUACUGGAAUAACCAGUAUGCAAAUACGGUACGGAUUGCCAACCUGGAUCAUUGGUUUAAAUGCCUCAAUGUUCGAAGUGGGCGUAUUGGUUGCGGUCAUAUUGGUAACGUAUUUCGGCGGCGGUCCGAGUAGUCACCGCCCUCGGUGGAUUGGCGUUGGCACACUCACCGCUGCAUUGGGAACUUUCCUGGUGGCGUUGGUGCAUUUCCUAUUCGGCCCGUACGAGUACAGUGGAAUGGCGACGGGUACCAAUGAUACACAGUCUUACAUACUUUGUGAAGACCCAUUAAUCAGUGAAAACACCUCGUCAUCUAUGUGCGAAAAACUUAUAUUAAGCAGCGAUAAAACCACGACUAUCGCGAUAAUGGUGAUUGGUCACAUUCUGAUCGGAGCAGGCUUCUCACCAGUAUUAACACUUGGCAUCUCUUAUAUCGAUGACUUCGCGGGAAAGAAAAAGGCGCCUUUGUAUUUAGGUAUUUUACAGGCCAUGUACCCACUCGGCCCAGUGUUUGGAUAUCCCUUCGCCUCGUUGUUUAUAAGUUAUUAUGUGGACAUCGACAAGGUGGACCCGGAAGAUAUUGAACUAACACCUCAGGAUCCCCGAUGGGUUGGCGCAUGGUGGCUGGGAUAUCUUAUCGACGCCAUUCUUCUUUUUCUGUGUGCGAUACCAUUUUUGCUGCUCCCCAAAAGACUGCCUGAUCCUGGCGAUAAAUACCUGUACGACCAGGACGUCAAGGAUGAGAACAAGGACGAGAUGAAUUUGGAAACCGGAAGAGAAAUUAUUUCCCGAAUAAAAGACUUCCCCAGUGCACUUCGUCGACUACUCGUGAAUGUACCGUUCAUGACGGUGAUUUUUGGCCAUGCUGCAGCAGCAGCAAUUGAAAGUGGAUCAGGUAUAUUUUUUAACAAGUAUAUGGAAGAACAGUUUAGGAUUACCCCCACUUUGGCUGCAAACCUCACAGGGGUUAGUAUGAUUGCCACACUUACCAUUGGCAUAUUCCUCGGCGGACUCUACUUGCAUAAAACGAAGCCAAGUCUGAUACAUUACGGCAAGAUGUUGGUGUUCUUUGCUGUUCUAAAUGCUAUAUUACCGAUACCACUUGUGUUUCUUGGAUGUGAAGAGGAGCGUUUUGCCGGUGUCACCGUACCAUACCAGAACAGUUCCAGCAUCUCUAUGGAACAUUUGGACUACGCCUGCAAUUUGCCAUGCGACUGUACUCUAGCCGAAUACGACCCAGUCUGCGGGAAUGAUGACGUCACUUACUACUCGCCAUGCUACGCCGGCUGUACUAAUGUGAUAAACGGAAGUUUCUAUGACUGUUCAUGCUUUAAAAAAGACAGCGUUGGUGGAAAUUCAUCGCAGUCAUUUAUAAGCUAUGCAAUACCGGGUAUAUGCGGCGAACAAUGUAAUACAAUGUUGAUUUGGUUUGUAAUUGUAUGUUCUGUGUAUAGUCUGGCAAGUGGUAUCCCGCUGACAUGUGACAUUAUUGUCGCUAUGAGGUGUGUUGACGAAAAGGACAAGCCAUUUGCUCUAGCAGUCAGGCAGUUUAUUGCCCAGUUAUUUGGAUGGAUAUUCACGCCCCUUUAUAUGGGAGCAAUUAUAGACUCGGCAUGUAUUCUAUGGGACGAGGAUGAAUGCGGUGGUCGCGGUGCAUGCUGGUUAUAUGACUUGACUGACUACAGAAUAAAACUUGGAGGCUUUAUACUUGUUAUGACUUUGUUGUCAACGAUACUGUUUACUGCAACACUGAUAGCCAUCAAGUAUAAACACAGGAUUCAGGAACAACAGAAGACGGUUGUGUACCUGUAA